AUGUCCAUCUAUGCCAGUCGUCCCGGCAAGCGUAUAUGGCUCGCCGACUUUGUCGAGGGCAAGGUACUCAACACUAUGAACUUUAAACCAGAAGAUGGUAAGGUCGUCACACCCUUUACAAUGGAUCCAUCACAUGCUCCAGUCACGGGCGGUGGUUCAAUGAUCUUUGCCAAGCUGCUCCCCUACGGAUCAAACAUUAUCUCUUGGGACGAAAAGUCUGUCCUCCUCAUCGAUGUCGAAGAGGUUGAAGUAUUGGAAUGGAGAUUGGAUCAACAAUUUGUUCAAGACUUAUGUAUCGUCGAUGACUCUAUCUAUGUACUUCAUGGACAAAAUAGAAUCCUUUCUAGAAUUUAUCAUACCAUUCCUCAUCAUGGUUUUGAUUUACCAAUUUUAUCUCAACCUUCAAUUAUUGUUGAAGAUAGCGAAAAUAAUAAUCAUAUAGUAGUAGAAUCAAUAACAACAACAACAACAACAACGACAACUGCAGUACCAGUAGUAGAAGAAGAAUCGGUCGUACCAACUCCAACAGUAGUAGCAGCAGUUGUACUACCACCAACACAAGAAGAGGAAAUAGUUAAAAAAGAGAUCACUGAAUCAAAUGAUACUACUAGUAGUAAACAAGAAUCGUCAAAUGGAACAGAAGAUAAUAAUAAUGAAAGUCAAGAUAAUACAUUAACAAAUAGUACAAAUUCAUUUACAAAUACAGAUGAUACAAUUGAUAGAGAAAAGGAGAUAAAUGAAGAUACAAAAUCUGCUUUGGGUGAAAGUAAUGGAUCAAUUCCUCCUCCUCCUCCAUCGACAAUAGUUCAAUCAAUUCCAACUCCAACUCCAACUCCAACACCAGUUACAGUUCAACCACCAGUAAUACAACCAACUGUUCAACCACAAGAUGUAUCACAUAAUAGAAGAAUUUCAAAAGAGAAUUUAUUCUCUGAAAUUCAAAUUACAAAUGAUCCAUUGGUUUCUACAACAUCGGCACCAACAACAAGAAAAACAAUUGUUAAAAAGAAAAAGGCGGCAACAAGUACUAAUUCAUCACCAAGUGUUGCACCAUCAAGUGCGGUCAAUGGGGAAUCCACAGUAACUAGUGAUACUAAACCACCUAUUGCCGCCGCCGAUGAUAGUUCAUCUUCAUCUUCCUCUGCCUCUGCAACAACCAAGAGAAAAGUAACAGUAGUUAAAAAGAAAAUUGUUGUUAAAAAGGAGAAAUCAACAGGUCAACUACCCCCCUCAUCUGAUAGUCAACCAUCAUCAACCACCUCAUCUCCCCUAUCCUCAAGUCAAUCAAAUUUAACAAAUCCAAAUACUACCGCAACUACAAGUACUCCAACUAUUUCUUCUACUACUACAAGUACUACAACUAGUGCCAAUUCCUCACCUCGUAAAGAUUUGGAACCUGAAAAAGAAAAGGAAAAAGAAAAAGAAAAAGAAAAGGAAAAAGAAGAACAAGUUCCAACCAUAUCAUCAAAAGCAAGUGGAUUAUUUAAAGGAAUUAAUACAACAUCAAUUACACAAUUGGCAGGAAAUACAUUUAAAUCGAUUCAAAAACAAACAGUUGAAAUUAAAUCUGAAAUUACCAAUAUUUCAAACAAGAUAUUAUUAAAUAACCUUCAACAUCAACAUCAAGAUCCAACAACUACCUCUAAUAAUAAUAAUAAUAAUACGACCAAUGUAACAACACCAACAUCUACUACCCCAACUCUUACGGUCGUUGAACCAGUCAAUACUCCAACCUCAACACCUUUGGUUGAAACGACACCUCUACACGAACCAACACCAUACGAAGUAUUGGAGAAAUUGACAAAGGUUACAUUUGACUCAUUGGUUAUAUUCAAGGUAAAGAGAAACGAUCAAGCCUUUUUACCAAUGCUUCAAAUCUGGGUACAAUCUCUACACAAGGUCGAUAUUAUACCGGCCAAUGACAUGAUCAAUGAGAUUAUUACCAGUUGUUUCUUGUUGGGAUUCAAUAUUGCAAGUCUCCACGAAUCAACCGGCAAGCUUUGCAAGUGUUGGAACGAGUCGGUGGCACGUGCCUACAUUGAGCGAUACUUUUCCUACAUGGACAUUAACAAGCUCUACAAACACUUGAACCAACUUGCAUGGGACGGAUGUAUCGACAAACUAUUGGAAAUGGACUCUUUUGCAAGACACAGCUCUCGUAUCAUCCAAACACUCAACCAGUUGGUCGACACCAACGACCCCACCUGUCUCGUCGUGUUGGAAAGAAAUGCCAGCGACGUUGGGCUCUUGUUUAGAUACAUUGAACAUUUGCUCGAGAUCAAACCCAUAGAAGCAUCGGUAUUCUAUGCCAACCAGUACCCAUCGAUUCUUCCUCGAAACAUAUUCCACUUUGUAAACAAACAACCAGCCUCCAGACUAUUGGUAAAGGCAACCUAUUUAAAUCACCUAAUGACCAAGUUUGACUGUCGUUACAAUUCUGAUCUCGUAGAACAAUGGUUCCAAAGUAAUUCAAAAUUAAAUCAACCAAAUUUAAAUCAACUCUAUUAUCAAAUCAGUGGUGGACUGUCAACUUCAACCUCUUCAUCCCCCUCACCACCAACAAGUAGACCAAUGAUUAAAGGACAUUUGGUUGAAUGGAAACAAUCACAAGUAUUGAUCAAUAUUAUCAAUGGAGUCAUUGCAAACGAGUAUGUUUGUAGUUUGACCAAACUCGAAGAUAUAUGUAGAUCGAUUGGCUUUUUUGAAGGUUUAUAUCUCAUCUACUACCAUCUCUACCGAUCGUAUGGACCAAAGUCAUUGACCUACAAUGAAGAAAUAUCAAAUGCCAAUGUAGAGAAAUUGAUUCAUCUAGUAGUUUCCACCGACAAUAAGGAAGUGCUAACCAAAUUAAUGGAAAAUAAUAUCAAUCAAUAUCAUUGGUCAACUUUAUUAAUUGAAAUGACAAAUCAAAGAGAAUUUUAUAAAAAACAAGGUAGACAGGGUGAAAAAGGUGAAAAAGAAAGAGAAGAAGAAGAAGAUUAUUCUUUUAAUAAUAAUAAUAAUAAUACUCUUUUGGAAUAUGAAAUUUCGGAAGAAUUUAUUGCAAGAUUGAUGGGACGUUCUAUUGGACCAUUACAAGCUAUAGAGUUGUUAAACGACUCUCAAUUGUUUGAUACAUGUGUUUUACCAUCAGAUGUAUUUUCAGAAUGGAUUCGUAAUGGAAAGUGGUCAUUGUAUCAUCGUAAACUCAUUUCACACGAAAUUCUAUCUAGAUUGGAUAGCUAUCUCUGGACAAAGAAACCAAUGAAUCUUUCUCCUCAAAUUUGGUCUCUAGUAGAUCAAGAUUUGAAAUAUUAUAAUCAUCAUCACCAUCAACAACAACAACAACAAAAAUCAUCAAUUUUGACACUACAAAACAACAAUAGUAUAGACUUGGGCAUUACACCUCAAUUCUUUGAGGAUUCUAGUUUCCAUUGGGGUACCGAAACCGAACUUCAAAAUGGAUCCUGUCCCAUAUGUACAUUGCCAUUGAUUGAAAAUCCAGAGUCCUCUUUUCUUGGUGUCACACCUCCAUCUGUCAUUAUUUUCCCCUAUUGUGGUCAUUCGUACCAUCAAACUUGUAUCGAAGAACAAGGAUGUCCUUUAUGUUCUUCAAAAUUAAAAUAA